GAAGUGAAGCUCUAGUUAUAAUGGAAACUCAAUUUAGUAAAUUAAAUAUCUCUAAUGAAAAUUCUAAUAAAGACUCUAAUUUGGAAAGCAUUAGCCAAAAAAAUUGUUCUUAUUGCAAUAAACCAUUUACCGAAGAAUUAUGGUGUAAAGAAUGUGAUCCAUUUAGGAUGAUUGAAGGUUGGACUAGUGAAAAUAAUGAUAUUGAUAAAUUUAUUAGGGAUACAAUUUAUGAUUCAAGAAUGUCUUCCUUUUAUAAUUUUAAAAUUAUUGAAUGGGUACCAUUUGAUAGAUUUGAAGACGUAAAACAAAUUGGUGAAGGUGGAUUUGCAAAAGUAUAUUCUGCAACAUGGAUUGAUGGUAAAACAGAAUAUAAUAGACAAGAUGAUGGAAGUUGGAAAAAACAAGAAUCCAGAUCUAUGGAAGUUGCUUUAAAAAGGUUAAACGGAUCACAAAAUAUGUCAGCUGAGUAUUUAAAUGAGCUUAAAAUACAUUGGAAAUUUAUUGAUAAUACGGAUGGUCUUUCAUUAAGAUUUUAUGGAAUAACUAAAGAUCCUGAAACUGAAGAAUUUAUGAUGAUUUUAGAUGUUGCACAGUAUGGAAAUUUGAGAAGUUUUCUUUCAAGUAAUUUCAAUAAAAUUUUAUGGAAAGACAAAAUUAAUUAUUUAUUUUGGAUUAUAAGUAACCUUGAUGAUUUACAUGGAUUAGGAUAUUCUCAUAAAGAUUUUCAUAGUGGAAAUAUAUUACGAUUUGAUCUAUAUACAACUUACAUAUCAGAUUUUGGAUUAUCAGGACCAUUAAAUAAACAAAAAUCAGAUGAUAAAAUAUGUGGAGUAUUACCAUAUAUUGCCCCAGAAGUCUUGAAUAAAGAACCAUAUUCAUUAUCUUCAGAUAUCUAUAGUUUUGGUGUAAUUAUGGCCGAAUUAUCUUCUGGAAAACCACCUUUUUCUGAAAGAAAACAUGAUAUUAGCUUAGCAUUAGAAAUAUGUAAUGGACUCAGACCAGAAUUUGGAAAAGGGACUCCUGAAAUUUAUAAAAAACUAGCUUAUAAAUGUAUGAAUGCUAAUUCAAAUCAAAGACAAACAGCCAAAGAAUUAUAUAAUAUAAUAGCUUUUUGGAGGAAUUCUUUUUACGAAGAAGAAGAAAAAGAAGAAUUUGGUUAUAAAAGAAAAGAAAUUAAGGCUAUGUUUGAAGAAGCUGAUAAAGAAAUACCAAAUAUUUCAACUUCUCAUAAAAAAAAUUCUGGUGCAAUAUAUACUAGUAGAUUAUUUUCAUUCAACAAUUUAACAAAACCUGUUAAUUCAUCUAUUAUUACUUCAUAUCUUGAUGAUGAUGAUGAAGAUAAUCAAGAUUCUCAAUUAAUUGACUUAGAAGUUUCUAGCUCAUUAUUGCAAUUAUGAGGUGAUAUCAAUAAUGAAAAUAAAUAAUAAGUAAUAGCAAAAUUUCAUAUUUCUUUUUUUUGUUGUUAUUCACAUUUUCUUCAUUUAUUAUUACAUUUUUUGAAUUGUUAUUUAUUUAUAUUUAUAUGUAUAAAUUGGUUGAAAAAUGCUAAAAUCUGACCUAUAUGAUUAUCAUAGGAGAAGAUAUUUAUUGAAAUACAAAGAAAAUGUAACAUCUUAAAUGUAACUAUUAAUUCAUAAUUAUUUGUUUUUUUCAAAUGGUCUAAAAGUUUUCAUGGUUCGACGCUCAACGAUAAUACUAGGUCAUUAAAUUUAUUAUAUUGUAUUACUCAAAAUUUGUUUUUUUCAAGGAAAGAAUUCAAUAAAAUAAAUUUCUUAAGUAUUCAA